AUGUAUUAUCAGUCAUGUUUCAGAAUCUUUUUAACAGUACGAUAUUCUGAUAGUGUAGCAGUGAACAGUUUCAAUGGUCUUCAAGUAGGGUCAAAUCAGCUCAACAGCAUUUCAAAUGGAGUGCCAGCAGUUGGUAUUAUGAAUGCUCCGUUAGGUGCCAGACCUGCUACCAUUAUAUCUGCUCCUGUUCCUCACAAUUUAGUUCCACCAUCUCAAGGUGUGCAGCCAGUCCCGGUAAUAAAUUCUGUACCAGCCACUUUAGGAAAUUUACCUACUGGUGUUAGGUCAAAUUCAUUCCAAGGCAAUAUCGGUGGCGUUGGUUCAUUCCGUAAUAAUGCUGGAGUUUCAUUGCUACCAUCAAAUGUUCCUACAAACAUUAAUGCCAACAUAGCGGUACUUUCACUCUCAGUAUUGAUUAACCUUACUUUUUUAAUUUGCAUGAUUUUCUAA